ACCCCGGCACAGGCUGCCCGUCCCGGGCGGGGUCCCCGCCACACCCCGGCACAGGCUGCCCGUCCCGGGCGGGUUCCCCGCUACAUCCCGCCCGUCACUCGCGGGUUCCCCGUGCCCGGGAUGGCGUUGACGCUGCUGGACGUGGCGCACUGGAGCACAUGGGCGGUGUGUACCGUGAUGAAGCUGCCGCAGCUGGUGGCCGUGCUUCAGGCCGGCUCGGCGCGGGGGCUCAGCGUGGGCAGCCUCCUCCUGGAGCUGGCCGGCUUCAUUGUGUUUCUGAGGUACCAGAUCUACUAUGGUUACCCCAUGCAGACAUACCUGGAAUAUCCCAUCAUCAUUGCACAAGAUGUCAUUCUCCUUCUGUGCAUUCUGCAUUUCUAUGGAAAAACGAAACGAGCUUUGUUCUUUGCAGUUGUAUUUUGGGGGGGCUGGUACAUGCUAACACUGCGGAAGUGGAUAAUAGACCUGGCCAUGAACCUGUGCACGUUCAUCAGUGCAGCCAGUAAGCUGGUUCAGCUGUGGUGUCUCUGGCAGACCAGAGAUUCCGGAGAAGUGAGCGCCUUGACCUGGAGUUUGUCUGCAUACACCUGUGCAACAAGAAUAUUUACAACUGUGGUGACUACAAAUGAUCUCGCAGCUUCUUACCAUCCUGAGAAACCUGGAAGAGCUAGGGAGUGCACCAGAUUUUUCAGUAAAUGGUUCAAAAUCAAGACUUGGUGGAUGGAAGAACAGUAACAAAAUCCCUUUGUGCUUCAUCUGGUGGUUCCUUGUUCUUGUUCAAAACCACUGUUUCAUCAGAAGCAUCAUUUGAAUGGAUUUUAUCCUUUUCACGCAGCACAGGAAGGCCGCAGCUUUACAACCAUUUCAAGCGGCUCUUUCACUGGAAAAGGAAGGCCCAUUUCAAUCCCCCAUUUCCA